CGGUAAAUGCAAAGCAAAGCAAGCAAAUUUAAUUAUUUGACGGUCUAAUCUAAAUAUUGUAUUCGGAUGAUUUGAAUUUACUUCAAUUAUUAGUGUGUCAAUCGGAAUUAUUAGUGUGUGAGAAUGCAGUCUGUUAAAAGAGGUGCCCUUUUGUUUGGAAGGGUAAUAAGAUCUGAUCUCCCCCAGGCUGUGAGUGUACGAGUGGGCAAGUAUGUUAUGGAUGAAAGACUAACUAUGUAUUUUAAGGAAAAUUUCCAAUAUUAUGCCUAUGGUGCAUCUAAAGAAUGCAAGGAAGGUGACUAUGUAUUAAUACGGGAACUAGCAGAAUCUGAUGAUAAAAAUAUAACACAUGCAGUGGAGAGUGUGGUAUACAAAUUAGGCUACUUUUAUGACCCUGUUACCGGGAAAAGAAAUGCUGGGACUGAAUACAUAGAUGAUAUUAAGAGAACUUCUGAACUUUUUGGUAUGAAGCCUCCAUACCUGAAUUCUUCAUGAAUUGAAAAACAUUAUUAAUUUAUCUGAGGUGUAAGAAGUAAUAAUAAGUACAUUAGUCUUGCAUUGUGAAAGACUGAAAUGUAUAGCAUAAGCAUUGUGUAUAGUUAAUUAUUAAAUCAAAUGACAAAUGUUAUAUCUGAAAUAAAAUUUUUAAAAACUGGA